CAUUGCUGCCUUUGUUGCGUUCUUGUGUGUUACUUAGAGAAGUUUUAAUUUCAUUUUUAAACUUCGGCUAGAGGCAUGUCUGGGCGCGGGAAGCAAGGCGGGAAGGCGCGGGCCAAGGCCAAGUCCCGUUCGUCUAGGGCGGGGCUGCAGUUCCCCGUGGGCCGAGUCCACCGGCUGCUGCGCAAAGGUAACUACGCGGAGCGGGUGGGUGCUGGAGCUCCAGUCUAUCUGGCGGCCGUGCUCGAGUACUUGACAGCUGAAAUUCUGGAGCUGGCAGGCAACGCGGCCCGCGACAACAAGAAGACUCGCAUCAUCCCGCGCCACUUGCAGCUGGCCAUCCGCAACGACGAGGAGCUCAACAAGCUGCUGGGCAAGGUGACGAUCGCGCAGGGCGGAGUGCUGCCCAACAUCCAGGCUGUGCUGCUGCCUAAGAAGACCGACAGUCACAAGGCUAAAGCCAAGUAAACUUCGUCCAACAAACAACCCAAAGGCUCUUUUCAGAGCCACCCACUACUUCCUAGAAAGAGCAGGAGCACCCGAGCCUACAAGUAACUCUUUUGGGAAUGGUUCUGUUAUAUUUGGAAGCUCUGUAGUUGUGAAGAGAGACUUUGAAAUGUUCUAGGUUUGUUGCAAGUCGCUGCUGCUUUCGCUGUAGAGUUUAGUGCAUGUAAGCAACUUCAGUUCUCGUAGAAAAAGUUUGUAUUGGGGGUUAAUGGGAUCAGCUACCACAGAGUGAUCUUAACAAGAGAGGAGGGCGCGUAAAAGUGAGCUCGCUGUCUCCCUCGCCGUUUCGGGGGUUAAGCACUUGGGAUCCCGGUUGAGAUGGGGUUUCUGUGCCCACCCGCGUCGAGGGGCGUGUCCUCCGCCAAGCAGUCCGCGGGAAAGGCGCGCUUUUAAAACCCGGGGCUGGCGGGGGCAGCGCUCCCCAGCGCUGUGACUGCUGCUCGCCCUUUCGGGGUUCCAAAACAAAAGCACAUAGUGGAUGCUUUGCUUUUUCUGCCCGCUUGAGGGUUUUUUGUUGUUGGGUUUUUGGUUUGCUUUCUUGGGCGGUGUGUUGGUUUGCUUGGGGUUUUUGUUGGCAGUGGUUUCUUUUCAGUUUGUCUGGUUUUAGCUUUAUAAUUUACAGCUUUCAGGCAAUAUUGAAGCAAUUCUGUCAUCGAGACAGUGACCUGUAAGUACUACCCAUCGUGGAUUCCAAAGGACAGUAUCAGCUACUCCGAAGCUGCAAUGAAGGAUCACGAACAAAGUGUAUUACUCCAUAGCAUGUGAUUUCCCAUAGAACCACAGAAUGCAUUGGGUUGGAAGGGAUCCUCGAAUGUAAUCUUGUCCAAUUCCCCUGCAAUAAACUGGGAUAUUUCUAACUCGA